AUGAUGCAGGUAAGAGCUGUCUUCUUCUAUUUGUGUACUCAGAAACAUGUGGUGUUCAACAAAUUGGUUAGUCGUUCUUUCCAACCUUUCUCUGUAUGGCCGUCGAGGAAGCUUGAGGCGAGAAUCGUGGUACAGAGGCUGGAAGGGCUGAAGAAAGUUGAUGAUCCAGUGGAGAAGAUAAAGAAGAGGUUGGUGGUUGAGGUGAAAUGGAAAGGCGUAAAGGGGAUUGCUUGGAGGACGUUGAGGCGGAACAGGGUUGCGGGGAGGAAUUUGACUCAGAAAUGUGUGGGGUUUCGCGGUGAUGGUGAUUAG